AAUAGAACCAGACUAAUUCCUGGAACUAGUGUAGUGGAAUGGCGCUAUCGCUGUAGUUUUCAAAACGGACGCUCCAAGUCCAAGUUUAACUACAUAUACCUCAAAAUUAGCCUUCUGGUCAUAUCUUAGCAUGAUUGUGGACAAUUUUCUUCAAGUUCAAGUCAGGGAAUAGACAACAUCACAAGCUUGAGUCUUGUCUGAGACCAGAGCCCAUAUGUAGCCUCUUCAAGUUUGACAUCUCAUUAAAUUCAUAGCAAAAGCCAGUUUCAAGACUUCAAGAAUUUUGACCCUUCCUUGGGUCUGAGAGCCUGUCAGGAUGGACAACUACCAUGUACUUGAGAUGAUUGGAGAGGGCUCCUUCGGCAAAGUGUACAAAGGAAGAAAGAAAUACACAGGCAAGGUGGUGGCGCUGAAGUUCAUCCCUAAACUGGGACGCAGUGAGAAAGAUAUUGAGAAUCUCCGGCGAGAGAUUGAAAUAAUGCGAGAGCUGCACAAUGAGAACAUCAUUGAGAUGUUGGACAGCUUUGAGACGGCGAAAGAAGUGGUUGCAGUUACUGAUUAUGCAGAAGGAGAACUUUUCCAGAUUUUAGAAGAUGACGGUAGCUUGCCAGAACAUCAGGUUCAAGUCAUUGCUGCCCAGCUUGUGUCCGCCUUACACUACCUGCAUUCUCAUCGAAUCCUGCACAGAGACAUGAAACCACAGAACAUCCUGCUUGGGAAGGGAGGCGUGGCUAAACUCUGUGACUUUGGCUUCGCUAGAGCCAUGAGCAUCAACACACUGGUGCUCACAUCCAUCAAGGGGACGCCAUUGUACAUGGCACCAGAGUUGGUGGAGGAGAAACCAUACGACCACACAGCCGACCUCUGGUCCCUCGGCUGCAUCCUGUAUGAGUUGUUUGUGGGAACACCCCCGUUCUACACUAAUAGUAUCUUCCAGCUAGUCAGCCUGAUCAUCAAAGAUCCAGUUAAGUGGCCAAAGAACAUGAGUCCUGAAUUCAAGGAUUUCCUGCAAGGUUUACUGACCAAGAACCCAAGAGCUCGUCUGUCCUGGCCACAACUUCUUCAUCACCCGUUUGUAGCCAACAAAGUCCAAGUAUCCCCAUCCUCAAGUUCUGAACUCCCCGAGCAGCCAUUCACCGAGGAGCCCACUCCUCAGCAGAAAGCAGCCAGAGAGAAGGCCUCCAGACAGAAGGCUAGUAACCUGCCUGCUGGUACCACAAUCAUGCGCAAACUCAAGGGCAGAGAGGCACAGCAGGAAGAGUCCCCUCCAAAACAAGAAGCUUGGACCGCCAAGAAAGCCAGCAGCAAGCCUAGCAAGGACCCCCCACCCAGCACGGCAGGCAAGAGCGAACCCUGGAAUAGUCUCAAGGAGGUGGAGCCCACACCGCGGGAGGACCGCAUCACGCAAGAUUACGCCCAGGAGUUUCCCAGCGUGGAGGUGGAAAGCAGGAAGGUGGUGCGACGGGAGGGCGGGGCUAAGGGAAAGGAAGGAGGAGUCAGGAAGAGCAUUGAGCAGGUCAAGCUGACUGAGGAAGAGGAAUUGGACAGUGAGGAUGAAUGGGACACGUUAUGCGACACAUCGAGCCCUGAGUCAUGUGACCCAGACUCUGUGGCAGCCCUCCUGAAGGACGAGGCGUUUGUGUCAAAGGUCGCAGCCAGGCUGAAGGACACAUCGGAGCAAGUCUUGGAAGGAAUGUUAGAAGGAGCGUCGAGAUUACGACUGGUGUACCGAGUGGUUUCUAAUAUACUGGAAUUCAGGGGAGAUCUUGAUCUGCUGUUGGCGUUCUGUUCUGCUGUCGACAUUCCCCGAGGGCCGGUGAAGUUGAUGAAUCAGCUGAAAGACAAACCAAACGUGAAAAAGCAACCUUGGUGUGUUCAGAUCCUGAUGGAUCUGACUACUGCCAUCACAGCUUUCAUGGUGUCAGAGGUCGGCAGUACACUGACACUAGACAGAGCGAAGACCAUCAUGGAGGUAGCCUUGUCUUACGCCGAUGUGUUGCCAUGGUUACUACAUGUGAAACAGGACGACACACUGCAACUAAGAGCUCAAACAAUUGUUUGUUUCAUCUACCAAUGCGAAGCAAUGGAUCGCAGCCCUGCGGAGUUCUCCACGGGAUUCUACGCUAGUCUUGCCUCAGCCCAUGCUGACAUUGUCCCAGCGUUCCUGGCCUGCCUGAUGGACGAUCCCAUUGUCAUGAAGAAACUGCAAGGUAGCCUACCUGAUAGUCAGUUAGACGCAGUAUCAGCCCGGUGGGAGGAGCUAUGUGGCAUGGCAGUGGGCGGCUUAGCUGAACUGGUAUUCAUACCAAUGGGUGCUGACUCCUGUGUUCAGGGCAAACGACAGAUGGCGAAGUGUGUGGGAACUCAACUUUCUCUAACCAAACACAAGGAGUUAACACACAACUACCUGAGGUUCUUGACAAGUCCUGUCCUGUGCGAGAAUGCAUUAAAGACUGUGUACUUUUGUUGCCAAGUUUCCAAGGAGUUCUGUGAGUAUCUCGCUCUGAAUCAGGAUUACAUCUCUAUCCUUCUCUGGAUCCUUCAAGGAAAGGUUGAAAUAGAAGACAUGUACCAGAACACCGUCUACGAGAUGACGCUGCAGACCCUUGCCACUAUUAUCACGCAGUUGGGGGACAUACCUCAGUGCAUGGUCCAGAGCAGUGUCAUAUUUGCAGCAAUUCUUCUGGAUUCGCAGGUUGCCAGUCAAACGACUGCUGCAGCGUUGCUGGUCAGUCAGUUGUUAUACCAUGGUGUGUCCAUUGAGAUGCCAACGGAUGAUUUAUUAGCUGCCGUCCAUUCAGCACUCACUGAUCUCAGUCAGAUCUGUGUACGAUGCCCAUUUGACUACGGGGUACUAGACGGUUUACUCCUCCUCCUAUGCCAGUUCCUGAGUGUCGGUCCCAGCGCAGUAAGCCGACUGCUGAUAGAGUCUGGUGUCUGGCAGAAGCUGUGGCAUAGAUUAUUACAGACCCUAGGGGCCGUCCAGCCUGAUGACUUUCCUAUUGAGGACAUAGAGGAUGAGUUGGCUGAUUGUGGGCCUAUCACCUCCCAGCCACAAUGGGGUCUCAUCUCACCAUCAGGUCUCACGGCUUCCUUGCAGAUUGUCACCAUCGUCUUCACACAGGAGCCCUACCAGUGUGUUCCCCUGCUCUGUAAUUCUGACGGUGUUGUCAUGCUAAGUCUGACCACUCUACUCUCAAGGGACUUCCUAGCAUUCCUUGCUGCAAGUAACGGCAGUGAGCAGGACCUAUCUUCCAUGGUCGUAGACAUCAUUCUCAACGUUUCUCAGCUUCUGUGUUUUCCCUUUGCGUUGGACACUCACGACAUGUUGAUGGAAGCUAUUCUGUCCAGCUUACAACAGAGCCACGUCUUGACGAGACUUAUCAACGCUUGCAUGCUGUACCUCAAACCUGAGGAUAUGGAGGUACCACUAGGCUUGUUGUCAAGAUUUGUGCUGAGUCAUGAUGCCUUUGUCACUGAGUUUGCAGAAGCAGUCACUCAAUUAAAGGCUGAUACCUUCCUCAAAUCCCUACUAUCCCUUGACAGUCCUCCUCAAGUCCAAGGUGAUCUCCUUAGCAUCUGCAGUCAUCUUGCCAGGAGUUCAGCCGUGCAUCUGAUGAUGCUGAAACAGGUUCUGCAGGGGCAAAAAGGUGACUACGCAUGCCUGCAGCAGCUACUCAGCAGCAAAGAUGCAACGGUCCAGGCCCGCUCCUGUGGCAUGCUGGGUAAUCUCAUGAGACAUUCCAACGGGUUCUACGCAGUCCUCAAGAAAAGAGAGGACCUAGUGACGUCACUGCUGGGGUGCCUGACUAACCAAGAGACGGAUGUCAAAAAGGCUGCCAGCUAUGCUGUAGGCAACGCUGCAUAUCACAGUGCUGAGUUGUACACCUUGCUUGCCGAUGGUAUCCCGUCCCUCGUUCAGCUUCUCAUGGACCCACAGGGACGAACAAGAUGUAAUGCUGCCGGUGCUUUGGGUAACCUUGCUAGGCAUUCCUCGAAAUUGUGCACAGCUCUCAACAAACAUAAGGCACCAGAAUGCUUGUUGGAGAUAUCUUGCCAUGAUACUCAACACAGCGUACAGGAGGUAUGCUUGCUGUCACUGCGUUCCAUGGCUCGGCAUUCACAGCUCACACAGGGUCUACUCAAACAGCACGCGAUAGAGAAACUCACCCAUCUAUCCGAGGAGAUCCAAUCAGCUGGUCCGACCACGCCAGGGAGUUUGUCGUCGGCCAGGAGCGAUCGACAGAAUAGUGCACGGCAGCACAGCGCUAGACAGCACAGCGCUAGGCAGAACAGCGCUAGGGGGAAUAGUGCCUCGGUCAUUGCUCAUCAUUGUAGCAAGUUGAUUAUGAUGCUCAAGAGAUCAGGGAGUGCAGCUGUGUAAGUGUGUGGGUGUGGUUUUAAGGCCCCACCCCUUAUUAGGGAGACAAGUGCAUGGGAAUGCACUAGACGAUUCAUCAGCGCUGGGCAAAAUAACAAAAGGGGUAAUAUUGUAAUAGUGCCUCAGUUAUUGCUCAUCACUGUAGCAAGUUGAUUAUGAUGCUCAAGAGAUCAGGGAGUGCUUUGUUAAGUGGAGGGCGACCUAUUAGGGCGACAAGU